AUGAUUGAGGUCGAAACGAAAAAUGCAAGGCGUGAUGUUGACGAAUGGUUUCAUCGAAUAAUUGAAGCAAAAAAGAAAAUCAUGGAUAAUAUUGAUGAAGCCGAAAAGCGUGGACAAGAUCGUUUAUCGGAAAUACUCACUAAACUACAGCAAAUAUCUAUCAAAAUUAAUAGUUUAACUAAAGAAACUCUUUUCGAUGCUACACAAAUAUCCAGUUUAUUGACAGAUCUUGAUCAUGUUCGAAAUGAUCUCAAGAACAUAAUCGAGAACAAGAAGGUAAAACUUCCUGAUGUUACAUUCAACUGCGAAGUCAAGCUUGAAAAUACUGCUGUGCCCAAUACUGACGUCACACCAAAAGAUCCUUCUCCUGUGACUGAACCAUUACAAUCGCGUGCCGUUGAAGAAAUGAAAAACAAUAUUGAAAAUGUAGUAUUAGACUGGAAUGAUACAGUCGAUCAAUCCGAAACCUCAGACGAUAGCGCACCUGAAUGUUUAUUGCCAACAGACUUUCCAGUUGAUUGUAUGGCUAGUGAUGGUAUUAAUAUCAUGUAUAGUACAUACAAUACUACACCUCUUAAGAUUGCUUACUGUGAUUUGAACAACUUACAAGUUUCCGAUCGAUAUCGUGAUUGGCAUCAACCAUCGAUUGUCGAUAUGAUUUAUUGGAAGAGUAUUGGAAAGUUCAUUUGUGCAACGAGUGAAAAUGUCUAUACCGUUGAAUAUCGAAACUUUGCAUUCAAAAUUAUGACCGCCAUUCGCUAUAUCAAUUGCUCUGAUAUACUUGUCGCAGCUAAUGAUGCUAGCUUGUGGGUGUGGGCCAAUCCUAGAAAAUAUGAGAGUGAUACAAUCAAUGUUUACUCAACAACAUUUCAAUCGAUCCGUACGAUCAAAUUUGGAGGAACUAUACCAAUGACAUUUCGCAAUGGAGUCAGUUUUUCAUUGACAAAUAAUUCCGUAGCAUCGAUUAACAAGCGUGCACAGAACAAUGGUUACGUAGUGCAGAUUAGUAUUUUAAAUCUAGAUAUGAUUCCUGUGAAAACACAAGACUUAGGCUCAUGCAACGGUUCAAUACAAAUUCGUAGUGAUGAAGUGAACCAAUUCUUUGUGACAACUGGUCAAAAUCUAGUUCAUUGUGUAAGAACAUGGGGACAAAAGGAAAGAAUUGGUAUCAAAUAUAAUGGUAACUCUAUCGCAGUGCUUAACAAUAAAAAAUUUGUUAUCGGCGAUACAUCAAACGAUGUCGAAUCGGUACAACUUUGA